CGCAUAGCACGGUCCUCACUUCAGUCCAUGCUUCUGUAAAAGCAAAAGAUGCCUGAAAAUAUAUAUUGCAAUACUAUUUCGAGGACCAAGACAAGAUCAACAAGUAAUUAUGAACAUAAACAGCAGUUCAACGAUAAGCGACCUGAUGGCUGUGUUGUGGUUCUCCUUGUUCUCCUCUUCCUGUCUCUGGUGGCAAAUGCGGUGCUUGCAUAUUUGUAUUUCAGGAAUGGCAUAGUUGGUUGUGAGCCCGUAACAAACUGCUCAGAGCCAGGUACUGUAGACAGCCACAAUAGUGCGCAUAGAGACAAUAUACACGAUGAAUUGAACAUGUGGAUCCAUCCCGAGGGUAUCGAAGACUGGACAACAGCAAAUUACUGUCCAGAAAAAAAUUUCAUUGAGACGUGGGUGAAAGAUGGGGACAAAUUCUAUGUUUUAUCCAAUGAUAUAAUGAACUGGAACAGCAGCAGGGAGCGCUGUCAGGCUCUGGGUGGAGAUCUUGUGAUCAUCAGUAGUAAAGAGGAGCAGAGUUUUUUUGCUGACCGAAUAGGCGGUAGGGAUUCAUUAUAUUGGAUGGGUCUGACCGAUAGCCACAUGGAGGGAAAGUGGAUGUGGGUAGACAACACCUCAUUAAAUGAAAAUCUUGGUUCCUUUUGGACAGCCCCUCCUGAUAAUUUUAUAUCAGCUGAAUAUCCUGACGGUGAAGAUUGUGUUGUGUUAAACGGGAGGACCAAAGAUGCAUUAUGGGGGGACGUUUCUUGCUUCAGGGAGGAAAGAAGAAUUUGUGAACUUCUCUGUUCUUAGGAAAUAUUUGAAAUAAGUAUCUGUGUGACUGAUUUUUAUGUGAUUUCACUGUACAGUAUUGCUAAAUCAAAUUAUGGAAUAUUUGUCUGUCAUUUAAAUACUGAAGAAAUAUUAAGUUUUUAUUAAAAUUUGAUAGAUUUUAAUAGGAUGGGCAGUCCAAUGUUUAAGUGUUUUUUUAACUCCUAGAUUCACAAAUACAUUCAUAUGUAUUGGUGACUUAGUAUGGAUGUGUGAAAAACUAAAGUGGAAACAGAAUAAAAACUGUUUUGCUUUGUUACACAUUGUGUUUCAUUCCACGUUUAUUUUGUAUUUUUUAAUUAUUGAGGUCAUACGGAUCUUGUUAAAGUGUUUAAAGGUGAUCUAGAUAUUAUAUCUAUGUAUUUUUUUAUAUCAGAAAGUAUUCAAACCCCUUCACUUUUUACCAUUUGUUGGGCUACUCCUCUCUUCAGUUCAAAGCCUGCUUGGAUUUGCACAAAGCAUCUGAAGAACACUGUCAGAAAAAAAGGUACAAAACUGUACCUUUUUUGUCACUGGGGUGGUACCCUAAGGUAUCGUUUUGUACCUUUACAGGUAUAUAAACAUAAUACAAUGUUGUACCUUUUUGGGUACAUUACUGUUCCUUAAGGAUCUAUUUUGUACCUUUAAAGGUACAGUUAACUGUUUUGUACCCCUAAAAUUUAACUGGUACAAAACUGUUCCUUAAGGUACACAAUUGGUCCGUAGAGUAUAAAAUUGUACCCCGGUACAACAUUUCAAUGUGUUUUAUACCCAUAAAGGUACAAAAAUGGACCUUUUAGGAUACCACCCCAGCGACAGAAAAAGGAACAACUUUGUACCUUUUUUUCUGACAGUGAUGGACUCUCAGACUUAGGCUUUUCACACUUGAAAUUGUUUACCCGGGUUAUUGUAAACACUGAAUUAUGUGUUUAAUAUUUAACACUGUUUAUAUAACCAGGGUUAAAGGGAUAGUUCACCAAAAUAUGAACAUUAUUUUAUCAUUUACUCUCAAGUAGUUACGAACCUGUAUAAAUUUGAAGGCAGAGGCCCCAUUGACUUCCAUAGUAGGAAAAAGAAUACUAUGAAAGUCAUUGGGGCCUCUUAACGGUUUGGUUACAAACAUUUUUCAAAAUAUCUUUUCAUCAGAACAAAAAAUUUUACAGGUUUGUAACAACAUGAGAGAAUUUUCAUUUUUGGGUGAACUAUCCCUUUAAAAGAUAGCCCUGGGUAUUUACAAUCUGAAGUGUCUGUCACAUGUGCAUUUGUAAACCUUGGGUUAACGGUGGCAAGCAUUAAAAUUGGAUAAAAAAGUGGUGUCAGAUUGACUUAAUUAAAAGUUACUGCU